AUUAUAUUAAAUUUAAAAAUUUUUUUUUUUAUUAGAUCAUGUUUUAUAUAUUCUUAUUAUUAUAAACACAUUCUUUUAACUUUAAUUUCCUUAGAAUUUAUAAUAGUAAAUAUAAUUUAUAAUUUAUAUUAUAUAAUAAUAAUUAAUGAAAUUAAUCUAUUUAUAAUUACAAUUUUUUUAGGAAUUUCUGUAUGUGAAAGAGUAUUAGGAUUAUCUUUAUUAAUUAAUUUAGUACGAUUAAGAGGAAAUGAUUAUAACAAUAACAUAAAAUUAUUAAAAUGUUAA